GACGGGACCAAACAACAAUCUCUGAAAUAUUUCAAUGAACCGCACUUGGUCUGGUAUCGUAUGUGGUCUCAUACUGAUGUCCCAUGCUGAUAAGAAAUCCCGCUGGUUGUCGUUGUCGUUGUCGUGGUCGUCGUUGUCGUUCCUCUGGACGACGACGCGACGUGCGUUCCGUCAUCGUCACCACCUGGGCAGUUGGUUAUUUAUCAUGUAUGAUUAUCAUUACAAGAUUUCUGCGUAUUGGAACCGGCGCAGAGGCCCCUUUUUUCUCUUUCCCUCUCAUCAACUUCUUCUUCUUCUUCUUCUUCUUCUUAGUCAGUCCAGUGUCGGGUGACGACACAUGUCGACUGUCGACUGGGUGGUGGAUCGAGCCGGAAUACAGGUGGGCACGAUGUGGGAUCUUCCUUCAAGCUGUCAACAGAGAUCGGGGACGGUCUACGUCUCGAUGUAUGGAUGUAGACUAGACUAGAUUGAGACGCCUUGUGCUGCGACCAAAAAACAAACGCGCCUGCUCCAUGAUGAUACCUGUGAGGCAAUAGCCUGUCCUCUCUAUCCGCGCUUUGGUGUGUUGGGGGGUAUCAUGUGCGCGGGGGAAUAACAAAA